AUGGACGAAAGUUAUGAUGAGGUUCAGCAGUACUUCAGUCGGUUGUUACAAGAUUCGAUUGAUGGGAGGCAGAAAUCGACUGGGUUAGCUGCAAUUGAAACCUUGAUGAUGCGUUUGGGGAAGUCCAAAGGUACCUUACUGUUUUAAUAUUUGAGUUUCUGCUUUAGUGGGGUAACAGAAAAUCCAUAAACGAAAGGGCAACUGAAAUAAUAACGCAUGUGUCUUUAGCGACGACGGUAAGAGGACUUACGGAGGACCUUGACAAUGCGGUUAAUGCAAUGUUGGACACGGAUUACAGUGCGGCGUCAAUCCAAAGUGCUUCGGAAUUGUUCUUGAGGUUUAUUUCUCUAAUAAGUGUGGAGCAACUGGAUGAUCCUAACUUUGCCAAACUGAUGAAGACGUACAAGGAAAGGGGGACUCUCUUCAUCAAACGCAUCUCCAUGUCCCGUCAGAUGAUUGCCGAGUUUUCUGUCAGAUUCAUCCAGCAUAAUGUGGUAAGUGUUCUUUUACUAUUGCAGAUCUUAAAUUUAGAAAGUACUGGUUCAUUCGUUCAGUCAAGUCGUUCUCGGGGCUUUAUUAGCCGCCAAAAGAAGUGGCAAUGAUUUCCAAGUAUUUGUUACGGAAAGUCAACCAGACGCAUCUGGAAAGAAGAUGAUUGAGGAACUGAAUAAGGCAGCCAUUGAUGCCACAUUGGUGCUGGACAGUGCCACAGGAUAUCUGAUGGAGAGGAUUGACCUGGUUUUACUGGGAGCCGAGGGAGUCAUGGAGACUGGGGGUAUCAUUAAUAAGGCAGGUUCUUAGCUUCAAUGCUUGAUUAUAAAUAUAUUUAUAGAUUGGAUCCCUAGGAAUUUCUAUCUGUGCGAAUACCAUGAAUAAACCAGUGUAUGUUCUGGCUGAGAGUAUCAAGUUUGUAAAGGAAUACCCUCUCAAUCAGAGUGAUAUCCCCAACAAAUUCAAGUACCGAUCCUCGACCCUCAAGAACAGUCCUCAACAACUUAAACACGAACAUCCCCUGACCGAUUACACCCCUCCCGAGUAUAUUCAUCUCUUGGUUACUGAUCUCGGAAUAUUCACACCUGCUGCAGUCGGUGAUGAAUUGAUCAAGUUGUACACGUAA